ACCAUUUCCUGGAUGCUUGUCAGUUUCUGUCAGAUUCCCGUGCCGGAGAUCGGUGUGGCUCUUCUAUUGCCCUGGCACUAACCCCUCCUCCUCCUCCUGUUUUCCUUGUAGUGAAUUCGUGUUGACUGACCAGAGUCCGCGAAUUCAGGUCCGUCUGCAUUCCUUAAAAGUUCUUCACGAGUGAGUAGCAUACAGAUAAUUGGUUUGCUAGCCUCAGAAACCUUUUAUCAGAAUGUCCCUCCAUCAGUUCUUGUUAGAACCAAUCACUUGCCAUGCCUGGAACAGAGAUCGCACUCAGAUUGCAAUCAGCCCAAAUAAUCAUGAAGUUCACAUCUUCAAGAAAAGUGGUAACCAGUGGGUGAAAGCACAUGAACUGAAGGAGCACAAUGGCCAUAUUACUGGCAUUGACUGGGCCCCUAAAAGUGACCGAAUUGUUACCUGUGGUGCAGAUCGAAAUGCUUACGUGUGGAGUCAAAAAGAUGGCAUAUGGAAACCUACCCUUGUGAUACUGAGAAUUAACCGUGCUGCUACCUUUGUAAAGUGGUCACCGUUGGAAAACAAAUUUGCUGUUGGGAGUGGAGCUCGCCUUAUCUCAGUGUGUUACUUUGAAUCUGAAAAUGAUUGGUGGGUUAGCAAGCACAUCAAAAAGCCAAUUCGCUCUACUGUUCUGAGCCUUGAUUGGCAUCCAAAUAAUGUCCUCCUUGCAGCUGGAUCAUGUGACUUCAAAUGCAGAGUGUUUUCUGCUUACAUUAAAGAAGUGGAUGAAAAACCUGCUGCAACACCUUGGGGAUCAAAGAUGCCAUUCGGACAGGUGAUGGCAGAAUUUGGUGGUGCUGCAGGCGGUGGAUGGGUUCACAGUGUUAGUUUCUCUGCUAGUGGUAAUCGUCUGGCUUGGGUAGGCCAUGAUAGCACUGUAUCAGUUGCUGAUGCUUCCAAAAAUAUGACGCUUUCCCAGUUGAAGACGGAAUUUCUGCCUUUGCUGAGUGUAACAUUUGUUUCUGAAAGCAGCGUUGUGGCAGCUGGCCAUGACUGUUGCCCAAUGCUGUUCAGUUAUGAUGAUCAUGGUUCCUUAACUUUCAUCACAAAGCUAGACCUUCCAAAGCAGAGCAUUCAGCGCAACAUUUCUGCUAUGGAACGUUUCCGUAACAUGGACAAGCGAGCCACCACUGAGGACAGAAACACUUCGCUGGAGACACUGCACCAAAACAGUAUCACCCAAGUGUCUAUAUAUGAAGGAGACAAGAGAGAUUGUCGAAAAUUCUGCACAACUGGCAUUGAUGGAGCAAUGACUAUAUGGGACUUUAAGACUCUGGAGUCUUCUAUCCAAGGACUGCGAAUCAUGUGAAAUGCUCAGCUAGUGUGGCAGCUCAGAAAUCGGCAGUUAAUCUGAUUUUGUAAACAAAAGAAAAAUUAAAAAUCCUCAACAUCAGAAGCACUGAGACACUACACAGUUCUUGCAGCCUUAAUUUUAAAAUGAAAGUGAUUCUUUAAUACAGAGUUCCAGCUGUGGUAUUUUUCAUUCCAUUCCUUACCAAAUCUGCUCCUUAUGUAAUUUGUAUGGGAAGUUAAUGUAACACUAACUUAAGAAGGGGAAUUUUAUUGUAACUGUCUGCUAGAAAAUAAAAAGUAAAAGGUUA